AUGAUGUUUAUUUCCCACCACCUGAGGAGCUGAUCAGUCUCUGAUCAGGUAUCGAUACUCUGUAUUGAUCGUGUAUUGAUCAGCGGGAUGGGCGCGCUCACCCUGCUGCUGCUCGCGCUCUGGACCUGCGGACACGCCAAGAGCGCGUUCCCGCAGAGGAACUCCUACAGCCUGUAUGCGGGCGCGCACACGAACACGCACGGGGCACGCGCCGCCAGCAGACACAGGUAGGCUGACACGUGCACGGAAAGCCCGAUGAUGAUGAUGAUGAUGAUGAUGAGGUGAAGUGGGAGGAGCUGGUGACCUGAUCAGAAAAGUUUACGUGCGCGUGUGUGUAUUUGUGUGAGUGUGUGUGUGUAAGUGUGCACACGAGUCCAACAGAUGUUUUAUGGUGAAAGUGAACACAGGAAGUGUCAGUGGGCUGCUGGUUCGGGUCCUUGUCUGGUUUUUGCAGGUUUGAUGUUUCCGAGCAUCACCUGUGCUGAUGAUGUCAGAGCGAUGUCACAGAAUAGAUACCUGUCUUGGGUUUCCACGGCAACAGAUGCUGGGUCUCUCAGUUCAAGUAGCGCAAAUCCUUCUGUUUCUGUUUUUGAGGAGUUUGGAGUUCUUCAACUUAAAGGGAUAUUCCGUAACACCGAGUUAGACCCCCCCUCCGGAGAUGGAUGUUGCCGUUGUUACUUCUCUAGUUAUACCAACUUUAGUAACGACCGCAGAUGCCACGUGCUCAACCAAAACGCCACUCUAUAGCCACAAAUAAUGCUCAGAACAGCACCUAACUUCAUCAACAGGACAUAUAGGGUCACAGACAUAGUACUAGACACCAAACAUCUUUUUAACUUUGACUCAUUUCUUUAACAAAGAGACUAAAUACAACUCACCUACUCUCUUCCAGCAGACGCUUGUUUGUAGUGAGACCUCAGGCCAGUCCAUUACGGACUACAGUGGAGUGACACAGCUCAAGGAAGAACAUUUAUGAUCAUUUCUUCAUCAUUUCCUUGAAGUAAUAAUCAUCAUAUUAAUCAUUUUUCUCUGCAGACGCGGUAGUUCUUCUGCCUUAGUGUCUCGGUCUGAUUUUAUUUCCUUGAUGUAAUAAUUAUAUCGUCCACAACCUGAAGACCUGAGGUGGAAGUGAUGUCUGGGACCUGAAGGUUCAAAUGAAGCUGCAUGGAUGAAAUAUGGAUGAAUAAGUCUUUGGAGAAAAUCUGCUUUUGUUGAUUUAGAGACAGUUUAUAGACUUUUAUAAUCUGUGAAAAUAACCUAAAGUGAAGUGAAAGCAGAAAUGUCACAACCUGCAGUUUUUUGCCGUAAAAAGGAGGAAGAGUGUGUCAGAGUCACUUCUCAGGUGAUUUAUUAGCUCUGUAAAUAUUUUCUUAAUGAGUUUAUGGUCACUAUUUCUUCUUCUUUGUCUUCCUCAGUAAAGCGUGAUGUUCAGGCCAUAAAUUAGAAUAAAUAGAGAUGAAUACGAAUGAUAAAGGCGACUGUGCUUUAGGGCAUAGACAGGUUUAUUCAUCCUCCUUCAGUCCGAAUAUGGUCUCUGUCUUUGUCUCUGCACAAACAGUAAAGAUCACAGAGGACACAAUACCAAACAUAAGGUUCCAGAUCUGGAUCUGAAAGGGAUUUCAUUUAGGGAAGCAAAGACUGAAAUAAUGUGGUGUUGUGUGUCUUGGCUGGAUGGUUUUUAUACCACAUUACUGAACCAUAUCUUAUCAGGAGGGUUUAAGAUGCAGAGAGAGUCCCGGCCAAAAAUAAAAGCACAAAUAUCAAGAUGUGAACGAGCAACAACUACCUCAAAUUUAAACGUCUAUAAUUACCAAUUUUAACUGAAAUCACUUUUCUUUACACACAGAAACAACAUUUCUGACCCCUCUGUUGUUAUUUAUGUGAAUACAGGCUUUCCUAAAACACGCAAUAAUGUUGUUUUAUGCUAAAGGCUUCAUCCAGCUGCUCACCAUCAUUAUCACCAUCAGAAGUUCAUUCAGUUGAGGUCAAACUUGAGACUGUAGAGGUCACAUCAUACAGAGCAAGUUUGCAAGUUACUGAGACGCCAUUAGCAGGUAAAAAUCAUUGAGCGCUGUGAAUUCAGAUUUGAUUGUUAAAACUUUUUCCACCUUUCUUGGAGGUAAUGAGAAGAAGUGUGUAGGACAGUUAAGGAAAAGACAUUUUUAUCAUACAGAUGUUCUUAAAGCUCCAGUCUGAACCAAAGAGGACUCCUUUUCUUCUGGCAGAGCGCUCCACAUGAGCAGAUACAGAAGCUGCAGGUUAUAAAACACCAUCAGGUCCACCUCCAGCCUCUUAAAUCCACCUUCAUACAGUCAUUAGAGACUCUGGAAGCUCAAAAGAAACUCAGAUUUUCCUUGAUGAGGUGUGAAAGUUCCCAUGUGGAUAAAAAAAGACGUUCAUACACGAAGCAUUAGGAGGUAAAAAAGCACGUCUGUGGAGUGAUGAGGGGGCUGUAACCUCCCUCACAUUAAUGUGUUCGAGUAACACAGGCCGUAUUUCUUUCAUGUUCUCCACGUGUUUUUCCAUCAUCUGAGCUGCUCCUCUGAUGACCUCAUCUUCUCUGCAGGAGUUUAACGGCCUCAUCUGCAGAAUUAGCUCCUCCACAGUCACGUUUCAGCGGCAGGAUUUUUCUGGAAAUUCAGUUAAAAAAUGGAGUUUCGUUUGGAUGAAACCUGACGAGUGAUCAUCGCAGAGCUGCUGUGGAUCAGUUCCCACGCACACAUGUUGACAUCUGGGUUUGGGAUAGUUCCCUGCUCUGUGCGUGUGUGUGUGCGUGUGUGUGUGUGUAAUGGCAGAAGGCCAUGAUGAUAAGGGUGUUUCACUCUGCCGUGUUUGUAAAGAUAGAGUUAGAUUUUAGUGAGACUGUAAUUUAUUUUAGGGUGUGAAGAUUUAAAGGUCAGUGUUUUUUUAAAGAAGAUGAUGAAGCUGCUGUGACGUUAAUGAAAAUAAAGUGUAACAACAAAAUGAUCAUGAAACUACGGAAGGUACGAAAGCGUAUUGCAAUUACAAAAAAAAAACAGUUUUUCAAAGUAAUUUUUUCUGUUAUGUUCUUGAAACUAGUUUUUUUUCUGUUUGUCAGAGUAAUUUUUUUUUUUUUUUUUGUGGGGGGUUUUUUUGGCUUAAUUUUUUUUUUCUUCUCUUUUUUUCAAAACAUUUCUCCCCGUUUUCCCCAGUAUUUUUUUUUUCUGUUUUUUCAGAAUUUUCUUUUAUUUUCUGUUUUUUGGAAUAUUAUUUCCCCUGUUUUUCAGACUAUUUUUUUUUUGUUUUUCAGAGUAUUUUUUUCUUUUCUGUUUUUCAGUAUAUUUUUUUUUAUUUCUGUUCAAAGUAUUUUUUUUCUUUCUUUUUUUUUUUCAAAAUAUUUUUUCCCUGUUUUUCCAAGCAAUUUUUUUUCUGUUUUAUUUAUUUUUUUGAGUAAUUUUUUUUCUUUUCUGUUUUUCUGUGCUGUCAUUUCUGUCAUUUUCAUCCUGAGGCCACAGUGUCAACAGGCAGAGUGUGACACACUAAUGUAUUAAAAAUCACCGUUCAGUAAAACACACUUACUUUUAAAGAAGGUGGAAAUGAGAAAAACCUGAAUGUUGCAGGUAAAGUCAGAUUAUCCUGCGUUAUGAACACAGAGUUUUGUGAUCCCUCGCACCCAUUGUGAGAAAUUUAAACCCUGAACCCUGAACAGGAUUUCCUCUGGACCAGGUUUAGUGAAAUCAUGGCAGAGUCACUCUGAUGAGAUUGGAAACUGUUUAACCACAGCAGUCAGUAGCAUAAUAAAGACGGUUUUCAGAUCCACUUUAGGGCGUAUUUGUCCUUCACCGUCAGUUCUGCCUUUGUUUACAGUCAGUGGGAAGCUCGAACCACGUUUACACGUCAACAGUUUGGCUGAGAAAGUGGGAUCUGACCACAUCAGUGACAUCAAAGUCAUCCAGCGGGAGGGAGCGCGCACGCAGCUCUCUGAUUGGCUGACACUGUGCACAACUGCAUAAUUAAUGUGUUGUUCUUAUUUUACUUAAGUCUCCUCUCUGUAAGGAGGUGAUCUAGAUUUACCCCGCCUGCUUUUGCUCUCCGUACAGACUGUUACUAACCUGGCCAGUCCACUGCACCUCAGUGAGUAGGUUCAUUUUCCAGACCUACCUGCCAUAGAUAAUGAAUUUAAGAAGAAUGAUUGGUCUGGUGAUGCCAGGUGAGAGAGUCUUGGUCAAUACCGCUUUAUUAAACCGUUGAAACAGAACCUGUUAGUGAUGGUACGAUCAGGAAGAAAAUAUAGAGAGAAAACCAAGAAGGACAAUCUGUUUUACAUCGAUAAAGAUAGUCUGUGUUGGUCAGGAGUUAUCAGUUUCAUUUAAAGUCUGACAAAACACACACACACACACACACACACACACACACACACGUGCACACACACACGGUCACUGGCAGCGAGCAGCACUGAUGUCAUCGCGAGAAAUCUGAAACAAACGCCCGAAUGACUCAUUUCCUGUAGAGAGAGUGACAUCAAUCACUGUGUGUGUGUGAGUGUGUGUGUGUGUGAGUGUGUGUGUGUGUGUGUGUGUGUGUGUGUGUGUGUGUGUGUAUUUGGCAGACAUCAAAUCUGUAGUUUCCUCUGUGGACUUUCAUGCACGUUCAGAUUUUUCUCUGCAGUUCGAAGGUUGAAAUCAUCAGACGGUAAACUUUGCUGCAUCACUGAAUCCUGCUCUCUGAUUGGCUGUUUCCAGCGCUGACGCUCACGUCCUUAAAUAUCAUUAAUAUAUUAAUAUAUGACGGCUCUAAACUCUGUUUCUUCGUCUCGCUUGUGACCUUUUCGAACUUUGUUUCCAGGUAAAAAUAAUCCGAUGUUUUCCUCUGCAGGGAGACUCCGCCUUCUGUAUCAGCAGUUUUCAUUUUGUUUUACUCCUGUACGCCUGAGGUUAAAGGUCACAGCUGCUCCUGAUACAGAGGAUAAACUGCCCAGAGAUCGGCUCCUGGCUCACAGUGUUUCGAUGAAUACUGUGAGAAUACCGCAGCACUAAAACUUCUCUCUGAGCCGUGCUGGCUGGUUGUUUGACGCCUGUUUGGUUCAGGAUUCAGGAAUUUGGAGAUCAUGCCGGUUUAAAACGGUUCAGUCUGGAGUGAAGGUUGAUAUUUGGUGUUGAAGUCUACAGACCGGUAAUUUAAUGUAGAUCUGCAGUAAAUCUUUAGUUUGGGUUGAGUCUCUGUAACUGAUGUCACUCAUUCCUUCAACAUUAUAUCAGAGUUUGAUUUAUCCUCCGUAAGAGACACGCUGACGUUUGUCUGUUAAUGACAGAAGAGUAGUCGAGUUUGUGGGUGAGUCCCAGUCUGAUCUCCGUGAUAACCAUAUGUCUCGAAUUAGAGCAGAUAAAGACAAAAUUAUCUAAAGUUUCCAGUUUUAUUUUACUAUCUGUCAGCUCACCAGUUCAUUCUUUUGUAAGUGAUUAACUAUAAAUAAAUGAAGAUGAAGAAGCAGCUGGAGCUCAGUGACCCGUCAGUCCAGGGGACCUGGAGCCUGGACCUCCAACUCCAUGACCAGAAGUCAAAGAGGAUAAUCAGAUCCAAGCUCUACUGAUCUGAAAAAUCAUUCAGUCUAUAAAAGUUUUCACAUAAAACCUCCUUAAUGACUUUGGCUUGAAUUUUAUAUGAUUCAGGUUAGUAAGUGAUUAAAGAUGAAAACAUACUGGAUCCGUAUUGAGCAGCUCUGUCUGUCUCAUACAGGAUCAGUGUAUUUGGAGUGCAGCAGCAGCGUAGUUCAGCCCCGCUCAGCUGGGCUCAGUAUAGAGGAAACAACACGCUCACAACAGGUUGUUUUUCCUCUCUGUGGUCGAUUUCCUGAUAAUUUAGAUAUAAUUCAGUGACCGUUUAGCCUCUACUGUCUGUGAAAAAGCUUUAAGUGAUUUUACGGUUUGGGUUUUCGCAGGUUUAAGGUCCUUACAUACUGGGAGCGUUUUUUCGUGUGAUUAUUUCGGAUGUCAAUAUUUUUUUCGAACCUGUAUCCUGUCAAUACAAGUGUUCACAUCAGCGACGUUUUCCUGUCCUGCGAUAUUGCUGCAUUCAUUUUUUCCUCUGAUUGUUUACGUGUCGGAGAACAGAGUGAUUUUUGAUAAAAGACACAAACAUUACAAAGAUAACGACCUGAAGGACAACUUGUGGAGAGUCAUAGCGUCGGAUUUCUCACAUGACGAUGGUUUGUGAGCUUUAACAGUUUGAUAAACGUCUUUGUUUGAACUUUCAUCUGUGCUAACGUAACUUUAGCUCUAAGCUAACCUGUUCAGAUACAACAUACCAUAUGUAUUUUCACUGUAAACUCAAACUCAGCGUUGCUGUCACAGCACCAUUAGGUCUCGGUUGUUACCUUACGUUUAUGGAUUAUAGUUUAAUGUUCUUAUCUGGUUCUGGCCCUGACUCAGUCCAUGCUAUCAUGACAGACAGACAUCUCAACACUAGAGUCUAAUCAGAACUGAAAACACUCAGUCUGCUGUUGGCUCAGUCUUCUUGUGUGUAAGAACCUUUCCUGGUGUUUAAUAAAGUAAACUCUGUUCCUUCAUGCUGUUUCCUUCAGACAGAGUUAGCAGGUCAAAGUUCUGUUGGGGUCCACAUGGAUCAGGGAUUGACCAUCAGAUUGUUCUGUGUUACUGAUAAAUCCAGAACCAGGAAGUAUUUCUCAUCUACAUGAACUGAUACACAGUCAGGAGUUCACAUAUGGUGUUUUAUUUUGAAAUACCAGAUGACAAGUGCAGUUUUUGUGCCUGACUUCCUGUCUAUGACGAUCUUCUCUGUGUGUCUUGAGGAGUUUUGCUCUCGAUACGACGCUGCGACAGAGCUAUAUGUGUCCUGUACGCUUUGCUGCACUGAUUGAAUGGAAACCUAUUUGCUGCGUGAUACGUGACGCUGCUGCCACGCUCCAAAUACACACCCUGUAUGUUUUAUCCUUUAGACUUUUGUCCCUUGGCUUUUCAGACACACACAUUCAUGCACACACCUGCCUCCUCCUGCUCCUCUCCAUACUCAAGUUUAUUACCUACUAGAAUCUACAUAAAAAUGACAAAUCCUCUCACUGAUCGUCUUGUUUGCUUUGUAAGUUGUAAAAAUGCAUCAGUAUGAGUUUCAGCCUGUGUUAUGUCCUCCAAGCAGCUUUUAAACCCCACAGGAUGAUGUUGUAAUGCAGGGCGUCGGCACAGAUUUCUCCCCCCGUGGAGUGCGGACACGUGUGGUCGAGGUGUCGUCCGACGGUCUGACGACGUCUGCUGAGGAUGAUGAAAUGAUGCCGAUGAAAUGUUAAGACUUGGCAGUGAUGGAGAGGUGUCAGGGAGGUGUCAGGGUGCAUAAAAAAACAGCAGGCAUGGACUGGGAUCAGAGAGAAAGUCAUUUUUCAAAGAGACAGCAGUGAUGUGAGGGUGUGCUGCAGAACGAUCGGCUAAACGUGACCAUCCGAAGAAAACAGCUGAUGUCUGCAGGAAAAUAUGAGAGAGCAUCCAAGCAAAGACCGAAUUCAAAUAGUUUGAGAGAUAAACAACGAGCCUGGCACACGGAGUAGUCUUAUAGAGUUUCAGUAGUAAACACAGGAUUUACUGUAGAAAACACUUCAAACAAUCGGAUCGCUGUUUACGGGAAGGAAACAGUUUUAUCCUCAUGUUUGAACUUUGUCCUGGAAUUUAGUUUACUCAGCUGAAUAUAGUCAGACGAUACUUGGAGUCUUAAAGUUGACAAAUAUAAAACAUGACUGUAGGGGGUUGGUGGGUGUUCAAAUGGAGGAACAUUUUUGAAGUGAAACCGAAUCUUAUUCUCCACAUUUUAUUUCGAGAAUAUUGGCGAAAAUCUGCGAGUUUCGGCCGAUUAGUCUCAAACGGGCCAAAAUUAGCCGAUUUGAUCAGCUCGCCGAUAAAUCGGUCGGGCCCUAAUGCACAUACCUUUUUCUUCUUUCUCCUCCUGCUCCUCUCUCUGCCUGAUGUUUCUUAUGUUGAUGCACAGAUACUGCGGCCCAUCAUUUGUCCUUGUGGAAGAUUAUUGUUCAGUUUCGAUUGUUAAAAUUUCACGAUCUUACAGUUGAAACUAAAAUUUGUUUUUCAGUCUGAUUCUAAGAUACUUAAAGCAGGACACAGCUUGUAUUUCUGAGCUUUAAUCUCGAGUGAACCAGAGUGCGGAGCUCCGAUGGUUGUUCCAAAGUCCAGGCUGAAAUCGCUUUGUGUCCUCUGCACACUGAUGCAGUUGAACAUCUGAGUCACCUGAGGUGCAUUCUUCAUAUGCUGACUUGUCAGUGUCUUUUGCAUGGUCAGCAGACUGCAGGACUUCAAACAGCCGGACUGAUAUGAAAUCCUCAAGAGGGGAAAUGAAAUGAAAAGACCUUUACGUGGAUUGGGAACUGAUCUGGACACUCAGAGGUGCUCUGAAAACUCCUCUCCUUUUACUAAUAACUCAGUCCAAGAAGUUCAAAGCAGCACUGAGGGACUUUUACUUUGGCGACCCUUGUAGACAAAGCAGCGUGAACCAUCCCCACACAGGAGAACUCAGUGAUGAAAGAUUUCUUUAUGAUGUUUCUUACUGCCAAAUUUCCACUCCAUGUGAAGCUCCAUUGGGAACUCAGAGGCUCCUCCAUCCUGCAUGCUGUCAAUCGUAAAACCUGACCUGGCGAUGGUGAUGACAGGCAUGAAAUAUAUCAACAAGGCCAAACUCCUGCAGGAGAUCUGGUUUGCUUUUGGACAUAUUGAGACAUCAGGUUGAAUUUAAGUUUAUUGUGUAACAUAUAAGCUUGGCUGUGAUACUGUGGACAGUGUUGACACAGUAUGAGUGUAACAUGUACACUCACUGUCUUACUGAGUGUGCCGUUUAGAGUGAUAUUUUUAGUUUUGUGGUUCAAAACAUGUUUCUGUGUUAAUACCAAGCAGGAAGCCGUACUGUCAGAAAUGUUUUUGGAAAAUAAAGAGCUGGUGGCAGGAACAACAAUGUCUGAGGAUCAUUUUCAUGUGUGUGAAUCAAAGAAAUAAUGAGCAAAGGGAGAGAGAGAAUGUCUUGAAUUGUUUUAAUUGUUUUCUUCAUCACAGUAACAACAGCAUUAAUCUUCAGUCUGAAUUCAUCCUAAUAUAGUAUGAUAAAAAAUGUCAUAGUACAGUAUGAUAAAAAAAUCACUAUAGUAUGUUAAAAAAUAUUGUAGUAUAGUAUGUUAAAAACAUCAUGGUAUAGUAUGAUAAAGAUAAAAUAGUAUGGUAUGAAAAAAUGUCACAGUAAAGUAUGAUAAAAAAAAUCGUAGUAUAGUAUGUGAAAAAUCUCAUAGUAUAGUAUGAUUAAAAUAUAUUAUAGUAUAGUAUUAUAAAAAUGUCAUAGUAAAAAAUCUUUAAAAAUUAUAUUUAAGAACGAUAAAAAAUCUCAUAGUAUAGUAUGGUAAAAGAUGUAAUAGUAUAGUAUGAAAAAAAAAGUCAUAUAAUAAAAAAGUCAUAGUAUAUAGUAUGUUAAAAAAUGUUAAAAGAUGCCAUGGUAUAGUAUGAUAAAAAUCAAAGAAACGCAAUAUAAUCAUCAUGAUAGUCAAAGUUAUAGUAGUGAAUGAAAAAAUAUUACUGUAUAGUAAAAUAAAAAAUUUCAUAGUAAAGGAUGAUAGAAAUAUCAUAACCCUAACCCUAAACACAUGUCAUAGUGUAAUUUGUUAAAAGAAAUCAUAUUAAAGUACUAGAUUUUUUAUUCAAUCGUAAAGUUUGUUACAGUAGAGUAUGAUAAAAUAUCACAGUAUAGUAUGAUAAAGAAUGUUAUGGUAUAGAAUGAUAUAAAUAUAUAUAUCUAGUAGGAUUUUUUAUAGUAUAUUAUGUUAAUCAAUCAUAGUUAAAUAUGAUAAAAAGAUCAGUGUAGUAUGAUAUAAUGUCAUAGUAUAAUAUGAUAAAAAUAAAGUAUGAUUAAAAAAAAUGUCAUAGUAUAGUAUGGAAAAUAUUGUUGUUGUAAAAUAAUAAAAAUAAAAAUAUCGUAUUUAUAUUAUAAAAAAUGUCUUAGUGUAGUAUGUUAAAAUAAUCAUACUUGAUCAUCACAAAAAUAUAAUAGAAUAUUAGGAUGAAACAUCAUAGUAUGAUAAAAAUAAAGUAUGAGAAAUAUCAAAGUACAGUUUGAUAAAAAUGUCAUAUUAAAAAAAAAAAAUCAUAAAUCAUAAAAUCAAUCAAAAAUCAAAAAAAUCAUAGAAAAGUGUUAUAAAAAUAACACAUAGUUUGAAUGAAAACUGUAGGGUGUAGUAGCAAGUAAUUUUUCUCCAAUUAUAUAUAGGAGCAUGAUAAAAUAUGAGAAUUUUAGCCCGGCCUGACCAGCCUGCCAGAUUUCAUGAAUUUUUGAGCCCAUCUAGUGGUUGUGAAAAUUGAAAAACUUUUAAAGUUAAUAAUAAUUAUAAUUCUGAUAAUAGAUAAUUUUUGCAAUUUCAAUAGGGCUCUCGCCCGCUACUUGUAGAGUCGAUUCAGGCUGGAGCUUGUUGAAGUACAUUUGGUGCAAACUAUCGGCUCAGCGUGCAGAGUGAUGACUUGGCGUGUAGAGUUUAUGUGUCGCCUGUCUGAUAACAGCUUAUCUUUAUCAUUUAUCACUGCAACGACUUCAUCAGCGUGAGGUUAAUACCUUCUGAUAACCUCCUCAUAACUUCUGUAAUGUCCUCAGAUAAAAGCAGAGGCAUGAUGUGGAUAUUAGACAUCUGUUGUCUCUCUCGUGUAGCAGAAGUGAAAUCUCUGCUCGCUGUUCUGCAUUCCGGAAGAAUAAAUCACGACAAUUGAAUUAAAACACAAAGAGACACAGUCUCCCUGCUGCUGACACAGAUACACAUUCACACACUCCUCAUUACCACACCAGCAUGACAUCAGCACCAUGUGCUGAACAUUUCCUGUGAUUUCAGCCACAAUAUGACACAUGCACACACACACAAACACACUCUCACUGGUUUUUUUUAAUGGGUUUGUGUGAGUAUAAAGCUGUCAGAUGAUCUGCACGAUGUUUUCAUUUAUACACUGAACUCAUAAACUUUGAUGAAAUGUCACGCUCCUUCUCUGUUUCGCCCUUCUCUUUGUUUGUCCCAUUUUACACACUUCAUAUAUUUAUAACUCACCGCUAAAUGUUCUUGUCAGAGCAGAACGAGCCAUUUGGUUUGUCCGAGAACAACUCCUACAUUUCAUCAGUGAAAAGACGUGUAACUUGUGGUCAGUGAUGCAUUUGGGCUUUUUGGCGGCAGAAGCAAAAAAAUUCAAAGGGCCCCCUCUGUCCGGAGAAAAAGACAGAAAACCACUAACGGCUCAAACCAUAAAAAACAACCUUUUCUGAUUGAGUAAUAUUAUCCAUGGGGCAUUUUACACAAUUAAUUCAUUAAGAGAUCACAUAAAUGCAUUUACUGUGUAAAUGUUUCGCAUAAUAAGGUCACUUAAUUAAGAUUUUAUACGCAAGAAGGGCAUCAAAGAGUGCUUUAUUAACAUUGGAUCAACAGAAAAGGGCCUCUGCUGUGCACUUUGUUUACAUUUAAUACAUCAGAAACUUAUUCAGAGGGUACUUUGUUUACAUUUAAUACAUCAGAAACUCAUCCCGGAGGUACUUUGUUUACAUUUAAUACAUCACAAACUCAUUCAGAGGAUACUUUGUUUACAUUUAAUACAUCACAAACUCAUACAGAAGGUGUCUUGUUUACAUUCACUAGAUGUGAAACCCAUCCCGAUGGUAAUUUUUUAAAAUUUAAUACAUCACAAACUCAUUCAGAGGAUACUUUGUUUACAUUUAAUACAUCAGAAACUCAUCCUGGAGGUACUUUGUUUACAUUUAAUACAUCAGAAACUCAUUCAGAGGAUACUUUGUUUACAUUUAAUACAUCACAAACUUAUUCAGAGGGUACUUUGUUUACAUUUAAUACAUCACAAACUCAUACAGAAGGUACUUUGUUUACAUUUACCUGUUGUGAAACUCAUCCAGAGGAUACUUUGUUUAGAUUCAAUACAUAACAAACUCAUCCAGGAGGUUCUUAGUGAAUAUUUUGUCUACAAGGACAUCAAAUGAGAACUUUUUUCUCCUCUGUUCACAUUUAUUAGCUGAAAAGAUGCUGUGUUUACAUUUAAGCUACUUUGUUUCAUAUUUUCACCUGAAGAGCAUCUAAGUAGCACUUUUUUGGAUUUUAUCCUCUUAAAAGUCAUUAAGAGGGCGAUUUCUUGACAUGUUAUCUGCUUGAGGAGCUUCAAUUCAUCACUCUGUUUACAUUUAUCGAAUGGAAGGAAAUAUUAAAUUAACUUUGUUGACAUUUCUACCACUGAAAGAUAAUCUAACCCCUUAUUGAUAUUUUAUCCACUGGGAGGUUAUCCAGGGGGAUUUGUUUACAUUUUACCAAAUGAAAGAGCAUCCAGUAGUCUCUCUUUUUACAUUUCUACCACUUUCUUUACACUUUAUCCACUAUCCAAAUUAUCUUGAGGGUCCUUUUUUUACAUGUUUUACAUUGAAAGAUCAUCCAAGGGCACUUAGUCUACAAGAUCAUCCUGAGAGCUCUUUGUUUACAAUUCAUUCACUGCUAAGUCAUCCCUUGGCACUUUGUCUACACUGUUCAGAUAAUCCUGAGGACACUUUGUUUAGGUUUUCUCUAUAACAAAAGCAUCUCAGAGGGUACUUAGCGCUGUAUCUAUUCAGACAUGAGGGCACCAGGCAGGAGGGUGAUUUCCCCCAUGUGUGAGUACAGUACUGCUUAGGUUUUCAUGGAAGACAGGAAUACUUUUCAACAACAGAGUUAAACACCUUUUUUAUGUCUCAGUGACUUCUUUUUGUGCUGAUUGACAUUUCUGUGAGGAGAUAAAGAAAAGUUUAUGCAGUGUUUUAUUUUAGUUGUCAUGUUUUUUUUUUUUCUGUUGCAACUUAAAAUGUUUCCGGGCGUAAAUACCGAAUUGCUGUAAAAACACAUAUUUAACUGUGGGAGAAAAACUGUACGGUUCUGAAGACGGAGAGGUCAGCUGUGUGGAAAAAAAGAAAGUAUAAACCACUCCAAAACAUCUGCACAUGCUCAGUUCUGACCUCAUUUGACCCAAACAGAUGGUUUUUGUUGAAGACUUGUCUCUGCUGCUGACCAACAGAAUACCAAAUGGAGAUGAGGAGAGUACCUUACAGGAAAGUUUUUAACCCUCAAAAGAGGAUGCAGACCACCACGUAGAUAUAGACUGCUUCUUUAAUGAUUUGAUCCGCUCUGUUUGUCCACUGUUAUGGUGUUUCCUCCAGCCUGAUUGUGGUCAAGGUGCCAGUAGUUAACACCUAACAUAAUGUGUGUGUUUUGUUGUGUGUUUAACAGGAACUGGUGUGCGUUCGUGGUGACAAAGACGGUGAGCUGUGUGGUUGAGGAUGGAGUGGAAACCUACGUGAAGCCUGAUUAUCAUCCCUGCAACUGGGGGAGCACACAGUGCAGCAGGGUGGUGGUGUGAGUAUGUGCUCGAAUAAAACGAAGGGCAAAAGUCUCGAUCUGCAAUAGCAUCUAUGUUUUCUAUAUCUAUCUCGUCAGCUGACUUCAUGAUAUAUAAACCAGACUGUGAUGAAACAGGUGUAUCUUUACCUGAAAUACUUUUUUUAAAAUCUUCCUGCAGUUAUCGGACUUACAUGAGGCCACGAUACAAAGUGGCUUACAAAAUGGUGACGGAUAUGGAGUGGAAGUGUUGCCAUGGUUACAGCGGAGAGGACUGCAACGAUGGUCCAGUCGGAGGAGCGGGAACCCAGAUAUCCACCACCAGACCCCAGCCCAGGCCGGGACAGGGAGGAGGACACGGAGGAGGAGGAGGAGGAUACGGAGGUGGAGGACAUGGAGGUGGAGGGCACAGUGGAGGAGCAGGAGGAGGACACAGUGGAGGAGGAGGAGGAGGACACAGUGGAGGAGCAGGAGGAGGACACAGUGGAGGAGGAGGAGGAGGACACAGUGGAGGAGCAGGAGGAGGACACAGUGGAGGAGCAGGAGGAGGGCACAGUGGAGGGGGUUACGGAGGAGGCAGCUCUGGAUCUGGGCAGAGCGGUGAGCAGAUUUUCUGUUUUUGUGUUUAUUUGAACAUUUUAGGAAAAAGAAAAGAAACAAAUUUAAAGAAGAAAACCUGGACCAGACCUGAGGGGUGAACCAUCUAAGGGUUAGCUCUGAAGAUGCAGCAGGGGCAACACAACAAGAAGCACGAUAUCUUCAUAGUCUUAAGAUCAUGGGGGGCCAGAAUCCAAAAUUAAAAUCCGAUCAAUCAAUCAAACCUUGGAGCAGAUAAGUUGAUGGUUUUUUUUUCUUUCAGGUCGAGCUGAUGGCGAGAAAGUGAGGCAGCUGGAGGACAGGAUCCAGCAUCUUACCAAGAACCUCCAGGACCUUCAGACCACCAUGAACACCAUGAAGGAAAAUUUCCAGCGAGAGGUCAACAAGCCCGGCUUUGGUGGAGGGGGAGGAAGAGGUACGUCAUCAGGAGGAAGAAACCCCGCCGAUGCUGCUCAGCCUGAGAUUAAAGAGACAAUCAGCAGUAUUCAGAACAAACUGGACCAGCUGGAUAACCGCACACAGGUCAGAGACGGCAGACUCAGAAACAUCAACCUCAAAUCUGAUCAGUCAGGUGAAAACUGACCUCCUUCUGUCUCUACAGGCUCAUGAUAAAACUCUAGUCAGCAUCAACAACCACCUGGUAAACGGGAAAGGGAAUGACCUGGACGGAGGUCUGUCUGGAGGAGGAGUGAGCGGAGGGAGGCUGAACACACUGAAGGAGGAGAUCCUGAGGGAGCUGGAGAGGAGGGUGUCCCUAUCCUGCUCCUCUUGUCAGGUAUCCCAUCAUGCUUUGGUGAUGGAGGUAGAAACUGGAGGAUUGGUUCUAUGGCUUCUGGAAAGGAGCAACGGUUGCUAGUUGUGGAGCUAGUUCGGACAGGCAGCCACCGGUCUGACUGAACUAGAACUAGAAAAGAAGAAUAAGUUAAAGUGUAACCUUUAUUUUCCAUCGAUCUUGGUCUUAAAUAAUUAAAUCAAAUAUAAUGUGGAAUUAAACUAUAUAUUCUAUAAGUACAGGCAGGGAUGAGCCUCUGGUCUAUGGUCAACAGAGCCCUCUUGUGGCUAAGUCGUGUAACUGUUAUAUGCCUCCCUGAAUGAAAACAAAGAUGCUGAAAAUGAUUUAAUACCAGCAACAUGUUUCAGAUGGCUGUUAUGGGAUCUGAGGAGACAUGAAAUCAUCGCAAAAUUCAGAGAAACUGUAAAAGAGACAAAACUGAUAACAGAGACUAGAAGGAUCUUCAGGUUAAAAAAACAGUCAUGACUCUGCAGCGGAAAUCACUGCAUGAUCACUAAGACACCAUCUGUAAACAGAUGAAAGAUCAAAGUUUGACUUUCUUUAUGGAAACCAUGGAAACUGCAUCCUUCUCUCGUAAGACAAGAGGGACCAUUCGGCUUUUUUUUUUUAGCUCAAAACCAGCAUCCAUGAUGGUCAGGGGAUCAGAGUCCAUGUCACGGGUAUCUUCCACAUCUGUGAAGGCUCCAUUGAUGCUGAAGAAUAUCUACAGGUUUAGGAGCAACAUCUGCUGCCAUCCAGACAAACAUGGGACAACAUGUUAGACCCCAAACCCCAGAAACUGAAGAAGAGGCGAUGAAACACGAGGGGAAUAUCCCUGUCCUGACUUUUUUGAAACAUGUCGCAGGCAUUAAAUUAAAAAUUCUUUUUAAUUUGUCAUCAAACAAUAGAUCUUUUUCUAUUUAAUUUGCAGCCUUUUCACCAUUUUGAAAUAAAUAAAGGGUUAAAUUGAUUUUCAGACCAUCCAGAUCAGUUUUUCUGUGAAAUUGGGGUUAUGUAAAAACACUCACAAACCUCAAGGUGGUUUGACAGAAGUAGCCAACUUCCCAGUCUGUAAUAUAAAAGUUAAUAACCAUCACUGAAUUGUGUAAAGUUGGAAUACACGUUAAAGUACAUCCAGAACUAUAAUCUAAGCUGUAGGUGAACUUUGACCCUCUGAAGAUGAAGCUCAUGCUCUGUGUGUUUUCAGGCUGGCGUGGAGGAUCUGCUCCGACAGCAGCAGGUAGACAGAGAGAGUAUUCGAGCUCUGCAGAAGCAGGUUGACGCCAUGAACGCCCGGUAUCGGCAGAGCUUGGAGUCGCUGCAAAGGGAGGUUUCGCAUUCGCGCGGAUGUUGCGACACGGUGGAUGACCUCCAAAGACGCGUCACUGAUGCUGAACGCAAAAUCAGCUCGGCGUCUGAGAACUUGGACGUCCUGCACAACCGCCUGGACAAGGAGCUCAGCGGCGCAGGCGGCAGCGGCAAUCCCACCGGCGGCUUCGGAGGAGGAAGUUUCGGUGGCGGUGGUGGAAUCGGAGGAGGCGGGAGAGACGCUGUGGUGACAAAAGGUGGACUGGACAAUCGGUUGAAGGAACUGGAGCGGCGGAUCAACGACACGGUGCAGCGGACUGAGCAGAGCUGCUCCUUCCUGGAAAACGACCUCAAGGACUACUUCCAAAGAGAGGUGGGGGACCUGAAGACGGUGUUCUUUGACCGCUUUGACGACCAGGCAGACAGGAUCGCAGACGUGGAGCUGGACGUGGGGCUGGUGAAGGACAGGGUGAGCAACCACGACAAGACGCUGUCCAGACUGGAAAACAGCACCUCCAUCCUGGAGCGCAGGCUGGAGGAGUGUGGUUGUGGAGGCUCUGGAGGAGGAGGAGGAGGAAGAGGUAGUGGUAGUGGUGGGCGGGGAGAUGGAGGAGGAAGGUGGGGAGGAGGCGGAGGAGGAGGAGGAGAAGGGGGACAGGGAGGGACCACUGGAGGAGGAGGAGGAAGGUGGGGAGGAGGAGGAGGAGAGGGAGGACAUACAGGAGGAGCUGGUGGAGAUGGAGGAGGAAGAGGUAGCGGUGGUCGAGGAGAUGGAGGAAGGUGGGGCACAGGCGGACAAGGAGGGACUACAGGAGGAAGAGGUGGAGGAGGCACAGGAGGAGGUUCCUGGGGAGGAUUGCCCGGGACGGGUGGAGAGAGAGAUAAUACAACAGAGAAAUCCCUGGAGUGGAGAGUGGUCGCCAACGAGGAUCAGAUCCGACACUUCAACACUCGAAUCAAAGACCUGUCGGUGUCCGGAGACUCCCUCCUGGACAAGGUGAGAUGGAGUCCGGUCUGAGUUUGUUUUUAAAAGUAGUGAAACAUGAAAUAAAUACGAUAUUGCUGUCUGAUUGGAUCAUCACGAGCACUGACCUGUCAAUCAUCACUUAGGUGGUCGACCUGAGCCACGACGUCCGUAAGAUCAAAGCUCUGACCGGUGAUCACGGCGAACACUUCAACCGAAUCGUGACAGAGGUGGAGAUGCUGGGGCACGACUGCGAGCUGUGUCAGAAGGUGGAGGACGAGCUCCGGAAACUGAGGAAUCAGUCCCAAGAUACACUGGGGCGCAUGCAGAGCCACAUCAACAGGAUUCAGAUCCGACUGGAGUCAGGGCGAGAGGGCUGCCCUCGGGUCUGCUCACAUCUGGAGGAUGAAGUCCGCCUGCUGCGAGACGACGUCAGGAGGUGCACCAGCAAAUGUAAAACCGGCCUGGACACGCCCACAGGUAUUUUUAUAUCAAUAUGACAUUCAAUGUUGACUGUGAAUGUUUGACCGUCUUUGUUCACAUUAUUGCAACUGUAUGAAAACUACUCUCUGUAGGCGGAGGUGGUUCUGGCAGCUCAGGUGGUUCUGGUGGGCGUGGUCCUGGGUUGGACGCAGAGAAGUCCUUAGACGGCCACAGCGUGAUCGGAGGCUCCAUCAGCAACAACCAGCUGAAGACUCUGCAGGGCGAACUGUCUGAAGUCAUCCUCACCUUCAGCUCCAUCAACGACACCCUGAAGGGACUCGAACACACGGUGCAGAAACACGGCAGCGUCAUCACCGACCUCGGUUCGUGCCGCUCAGUAGCAUCAACUCAGUGCAUCCAUUCGUCCACAUCUCAGAGUUAAAUUCAUGAGUUACUCCUCUGAAUCCUGACAGGAAACACCAAGGAUAAGAUCAUCUCUGAGCUGGACAAAAUCCAGGAGGAGGUGACGGAGCACAUCGAGGACAGCCGAGAGCGUCUGGAUGGGAUGGACAAGGACGUCAGGAGGUUUGAGAGCACGCUGCUGGUGGAGAUGGGAGACUGUAGGAGGUCUGGAGAUGGGCUGGAGAAGAGGCUGUCGAAGCUGGAGGGAGUGUGUGGACGACUGGAUAGUGUCUCUGACUCCAUCCUCAAAAUCAAAGAAGGUUACAACUAUAAUUAUUUACCUUUAUCAAACUCCGAUACUCUACAAUACUCCACUGCUUCAUUAAAACCUCAUUUCCUGUGUGUCUCUGUGUCAGAGCGCUCUGUUGAAUGAUUUCUCCUGAUCUGUGACUCGCAGGACUGAAUCGACAUGUUUCCAGUUUGUGGACGUGUGUUUCUGGUCUGAAUGACACGGUCAUCCAUCACGGAGGAGUCAUGGACAUUUUUCAAAAGAACCAGGACGACGUCUACACCAGGAUGAAGACCCUGAACUCCAGCCUGAACCAAGUCCUCAAAGACCUGCAGAGUUUCUCUGAACACGACCUGACCGGUGAGCUUGAGGAGUUACUCCUUUGUAGUAUUUCCUCUAACUCUGACGACAGCUGUCUGAAGAGAAACGACACGAGGAUAUCGCAGUUUUUCUGUGGUUUCAACACAGAUCAGUUUGUUGUCUUAGUGUCCUUUAGUUUUUUUCUCAGCUGCUUCAGGACAAAUCGAGUACUUCAACUCUGACAUUCAUGACUUUUUAUCUGAUUUUCACAAAGUAAAGGUGGGGUAGGCAGGAAUCUGUUAAAGAAGCAUCUUUAUUGGGGUGUUUUAAGAAAAAAUCUUUAAAUAUCAGUCAAUAGUUAUUAGUUAUUGAUGACCUUUGGUAAUAUAUCGAUAUCUCUGUGUUCUCUUCUGUCUGUGUCGUCAACAUUUGAACAUUUUUGAGCGGUCCGCUCUUUCUGACUGUAAACAAAGCCGUUCUCCACCUCCUCUAACCUGAUUGGUUGUGAGGCAGACGCUGCUCCCCCGUGUCGUUCAGGAGCCCAAACAAAGUUAGCGUGCUACAAUAUCGGACAGUAGAAACCAACCAGAAAGUUCGGAAAAUUGUCUGAAUCCUCCUUUGGCCACGACUGCCGACACAAGCAAGAAAACAAAGUAAAUACCGGAGACUCUGGAGGAAUAACGGGCGCUUAAAACGGAGGUAGACCGGACAAGAGCUAAAAAGCCGGGUCAACAUAAACGAUGGGGGACGCUUGGGGAUCUUGGUGACCCUGUAACCUUUCUGCUGGACAGGUAAACCGCUUUAACAAAGUAAGACAAGUGUCUGUAACAGAAGUGUUUCUUGUCAAACGGACCUGCUGUAGCGUGUUGUAGCUCCAUCGCUAAACUGUCCUCCCUCGGGUCCUGGACUAUGUCACUUUAUCCUCGUUGUAGAAGUCCUGCAAACAUUGUGUUUGCUGGUAGUCUGUUGGCAUCUACAGUAGCACCAAUGCUUUUGACUUUCACCUUGACUGGGCCCCAUUUGUAAUGAUCUGAAGUAUUUAUCUGCAUUAUAUCUGAAUUUAAUUGGAACGAUACGAGCGAGCAGGAGCGUCUGUUUGUGGGCGGGGCUUGUGGAGAGGAGGAGCUGAGGGGAAAACUGGUUGGAGGGGUAGAGUUUACAUUCAAGAUUUCUCCUAAAAACUGGAACUUCCUCAGAUCCUGACUACACCACCUUUAAGAACAAAAUACAACUUUCACCUUUUAGUUUUUUGGCAGAGCCUUCACUCGGCAUAGCUCACCUGGUGACUUGUUUCCAACCACAGAGGGUCAAAUUUUGGGCUGAAUCUCGAGAUGUUUCCUAGAUAUUCUGAUGCAGCUGAGAAAAUAACUACAGAAAUGAAUAACAGCGUUGAACUAUCAAAGGUCAGAUGGUGUUUUGACGGUGUGUUGUUUGUUUUGUAGGCACCACGCUGCUCACCAGAGGUUUGAAAUAGUUAUUUCUGUUAACACACUAACUGCAGUCAGAAGUGUCCGCUUGAUGUUUAAACUGUCAUGGGAGGAAAGUCAUGAGACCCCAUGAGCUCCGAGUCCAUCUGUUCAAUGUUGACUAAUCUGUGAAUACCUAAUCUGUUCUGUGGCGAGCUGAUUUGUUUUAUCGUGGAGGUCAGACAAAGUCCCAAAACGCUUUCAAUGCUUCCCCCUCCACCACAAACAACAGACCUCCACCACACCAAUAUGGCCGACUCUACUCUGAUAAAAACAACACCAACUUCCUGCAACUUUCACCUCUACAUCCGACACCAGUUUAAAUAUCCAUCACCAACAUCUCUGACGUCCUUCCCACCAACGCCAACACAACUCCCACUAAAACACAUCUAUCAGGAAGACCACCACCUCAAACAUCAGGACAACUCAUGUCAUUUAUAAAUCUUUACUGACACCAACAUCAACACAGCGGGUAGCACAGCUAACGACCCAAUCCCCUCCUUCAGGGCUCUCCAUCGAGGAAAAGCGGCGCCGAUGUCAAUCCGCGUUAGUCUCCUUCGUUUGUCACUCUCUUUCUUCGCCAACAGACCCUCUGCCUUUUCUUUUCAGUAGGAUCCGCUUGUGAACCUCUUGGUCACUUCUUCAGGUUCUCCGCCAUGUUGCCUCUAACAGCGCUCUCCUCACUCCCUCCCUUCUCUUGUGAGGUAAAAUCGAGUAGAACGCAUCACUUCCUGCGUGCCAGCGCGGUAAUGUCGCCCCCUCUACACCAAAUCCCAAAAGUACAAAUACUGAUGAAUACCACGAGGUGUUAGAGGAGCCAAACAGCUUAAUCAGCGUUGUAUCAUCUCCUCUUGUAGUGACUUGGGUGAAACGGAUAUUUACAGACACGUAGAAGUUACGCAUUGUAGCUUUAAGCCAAUCAAAACCAACAUAACUAACAUUAUCUGACAAUUAAACGCACACACUAAUGCCACAAACAAUUGGACACUAACAUGGAUUAAACAUCAUCUCUAACAUCAACACAACCUACACCAACACCACUAACAACACAGUUAGCAGAGGGAAGAGAGUAAACAACACAACCAUAACAGCACCAACCCAACCCACAGCAGCAUCGCUAACGCUGCAAUUAGCUGAGGAGAAGCCACCAUUAACCUCACAUCCAAAACACUUCCACACAUCAAAUGCUGACAAUAAAAACAACACAAUAAUAAACACAAACUAAAGGUCUUUAUUAGCACCAACACUAAUAACACCAACACUUCAACCAAUACAAUCGCCAACAGCAAGACCACAAUCACAGGGAUGACUAACUCCAAUAUUGUCUGAACACGCACCUAUUUAACACCACCACUGAUAUCAACACAACUACUUUACCACAACUAACAUCGACAGAAACGGACAUCUUGACAAGACUCCACCAACCAACACCAACAGCAAAACAAAAAACAAAAUCAGCAGAACCUUAACAGAACCUCCAACACCAUCACCAGCACAACUAGAACCAUCGCUAACACAACUGACGCCAUCAUUAACACAAAGAACAACAAAACCACCAACAUUACCUUGUCGUCUCUGGUGUGUUGUUGUAACAGUUUUAAUAUUUUGUUGUGUUUUCAUGUGUUGCUGUUAUUGUCUUUGUUUUGUGGUCGCCUUCUGUCCUUCAUAAAAAGAAAUCUGAGUCAGUUCCCUUUUGUCUUUUUCAGCAUUAAAAUAUGUUGAAGUAUUUUGAUGAUGGCGGUGUCACACGGAUGUGUUUUAAACAAAGAAAUAAACCCUGAAUAGUUGCUCCAACUCUAAAUUCUACCCAUUAACUUUGUGAUGCUAACAGACAAAGGGAAUGAUGGUUAAAAUCAUGUUUUUAAAGCUUUUUUAACCUCUUCAUCCAGAUCCUCUCUGCACUCACAUUUCUGCAUAUGAUGGUCGAGAUUUAUGUUUUUUUAAUUGCUAGUUUACAUCAUUAAUUUUAUCACACAGGUCUGCCUGGACCCCCAGGACCCCCUGGAGAGAGAGGCUUCAAUGGGCUGCCAGGUCUAAGAGGGCCUCUUGGACCUCCUGGACGACCAGGUGAAAUUGGAGCGCGGGGUCCACCUGGUACGACAGAUAUUAUUUCUUUCAGACGUGGCAGCUACAUUCUAGACAGAAGUGCUCCCUUGCUUAUACAUGCUGAUACAGUGUCAAUGCAAAUAUGAUUAUCGUGCUCCGUUUCUAUUACGUCUGUUCUGCUAAUUUCCACUAAUUUUUACAUACGUCCCUCUUUAUUGAUUUUGCUGCCUCGUCUUACUCUUGCUCUUAUUUCUUACAGGUCCCAAAGGUGAAACAGGUAUGUACCUUGCUUUUUAAAGAACAUUUUGCACUCCUGACACUUUAAAAUCUGUCAUUAGUACAAGUUCACUCCACCGUGGAUGUUGUGUUGUACUGCAGUUUCAAAAGGAGUGAAUGGCAAUAGUAGAGGCACUCAUAAAGAUCGCAUUAUCUGUAACUUUAGUGAUACGUAUUAAGCAAAAUAAGAAACUGUGGCCAUGCAGAUAUUAUCACAGAGUCUUUAGGAAACGUUUUGGAAGUGAAAACAUACAAAUUUGGGAGCCAAUAAACCGUCAAUAUCCUGAGAGAAACAGCGUUGUUUUCUGGCUUACAUGCUCUCUGAACGUGUGUUUUUGUUUGUCCUCUGUGUGUUUUCAGGUCUUCCUGGUGCUGAUGCUCAUGUUCCCAGACUGUCGUUCUCUGCUGCUCUCACUAUUCCUAUGGAGAGAUCAGGAACCAUCAUCUUUGACAAGGUCUUUGUAAAUGAAGGAGACUUCUACGACCCUCGAACAGGUAAACAUGAGAGGAGGUAGUGUCUCAGCGGGCCGUCCACUGCUGUCCAUCCUCCUCGUCUACAUGUUCCUCCAGUUUCACGCUUCCCCUCCUCACUACUCCUUACGUCUCUCAUGUUUUAGCUGCUUGCUGCAGAUUUGACCAAAUUGAAACCUUUGCAUUUACGCUAUUUAAUUUCCUGGUCAAAACCAUGGAUGCAAACUCGUUCCAGCCUCCUUUGUCAAAAUGAUUUAUCUUCUCUGGUUCACAAAGGAAUAUUUCUGUCUCCACUUGAAGCAGCAUUAAGUUUGAUUUGCAGUUUCUUCUAAAAGGGUCUGACUUGAACAGCUGGUCUUAGGACUACAGACCCCUGUGUGGUUUGAGGGAAAGGAAAGAGUGUCUUCAGAUUUAUCUUAAAAAAAAAUUAGACAUAUUGCCGAAUUCUAACUGAUCCAUGUUGCAAAGCUUUAAGGCAGGACACCUGUUCCUGGUAAAGGGUGCCAUGGUGCGGAUACAUGAUGCAGACAGAUGGAACAGGAACGUCACUGUUAACACAUUUGAAAUAAAACACCUGCACAGUUUUUUUAGGUUGUUUCCUGGUGUUUUAACGCUGAACCUGUCGCCUCCAGGUAUUUUCACCGCCCCUAUUGACGGACAUUACUUCUUCAGCGCCAUCUUGACGGGUCACAGGAAUGAGAAGAUUGAGGCGGUUUUGUCCAAGUCCAACUAUGGCAUGGCCCGGGUGGACUCUGGAGGCUACCAGCCCGAAGGACUGGAGAACAACCCUGUGGCCGAGGCUAAAACCACUCCGGGAUCUCUGGCCGUCUUCAACAUCAUCCUGCCUCUGCAGACCCGGGACACGGUGUGCAUCGACCUGGUGAUGGGCAAACUGGCUCACUCUGUGGAGCCCCUCACCAUCUUCAACGGCAUGCUGCUGUAUGAAGGCAUGUGAAGGAGCCCCAGAAGAACCCACUUUAAGACUUAUGACAAACCCACAGGAGGCUGCACCCUGAAGUGUGAUGUCACUUCCUCUUUUAGGAGCAUUUCCAUACUGAUGACAGAGUGUUUUAAAUGAACAAAGACCUCACGCUCUUGAACAAUAUUUGACAGAUUUUAUGCGAUUAUUUUAAAAAGUGAUCGUGUCACUUUAAAACAGGAUGACAGAGGGAGUCCUUUUACCCUCUGACUUAUUUAACCAAUCAGCUGAUGAGAUGGGGUCAGGUGACCUGAUGCCAGCGCAGCACUGUGAUGCCUGGAUGAGCUCUUUCAUGGAUAAACUGCUUUUUACUGCUGUUUGAAACUGCUUGGAAUCCUGUGAACUCUUGUGUGGAGCAAUAUCAGCAGUGAGUGAAGAGUGUAAACUGCAGUUAGCACCCCCUACAGGCAGCAGAGAUAACUACAGCCUUAACGAGAACUAACAGUGUCCUGAAAUACUCCUUUUCAUAAAAUCUCACAUGUAAAAACACGGUUGUUUGUCCCGAGGAUGACUCUGCGGAAAGCUAACAGAGUCAUUUAAAUAAAAAUUGCAUGUCAAGAGCAGGAAGAAGACGUGAACAUUGCUGCUCUCUGUGACUGACAUACUGUAUGUUUGCAUAUUUGACAGUUACAUAUCUUCUUAUUGGUAGAUGUUUGGUUUGACGUGCUGACCUUUGUUCUGGUAGAUGUUCAUUUAUUAGAUGACAAACAAGCUGAGAUCACCUGGAGGAGGUUUGUUUGCACUGAGAAUGCAUGGCCACGAUCAAUAACAACUAUUUGACGGUUUUCUGCUGGAACUGCACCACGCUCUGAAGUGACACCUGCCUAUCUGUGCUUGUUUACAUCCUAAUAGUAGAGCAUUAUAGCAGUCACCAUUAACCAGAGCUACAUCUCGGGUUAGCUCGCCACAGUUUAGAGACGACACAGAACCAGCAUCUCACAGCUUCAAUGAUGAAAACCGGUGUUGCUGUAGUUACUUUUAAAAAGUAUUUUGAUCACUGAUUAUGGAUCACUCCUUUAAAAAGUAACUUAGUUACUUUACUGAUUACUUGAUUUUACAAGUAACUAAUUUAGAUAACUAUUUACUUUUUAAGUGACAUCCAGCAAUCUCAACAUAUAAAUGACAACCAUUUUUUUCUUUCCGACAAUCAGUUUAUUGGAGGUGUAAUUUUAACAGGAAUGUAAAAAAAAAAAAGAAGUUUAAAAAAAAUAAAAAUAAAGACAGAAUUUCUUGACUGACAAAACAUUAACUUUUAUAUGUUAAUAAAAUAUAAAAUAAAGACAGUCUGUAAAAUAGAGACUGUAUUUCCAGCUUGAGAACGCGCAGCCCUCUCCUCCCUCCAUUUUUGUUUUUGUUCGUUUUGCUGCGGCUGCUUUCAGUGUGUGCACAUGUAUUACACCUGAGUGGUCCUCGUGCUGAAAAUGUGACAUAUCUCCUAUGUGACUGACAUCACUCCUCCUAGACGAAAACAAUCAAUCUUUUUUUUUUUUAAGGAAAAUGAGAAAAAAGUAACACAAACAAUGAUUUGGACAUGUGACUUCAAUCUAAUUACUGGUUUGGAAAUAGCAACGCGAUGGAUUACUCGUUACUUAACUAAGUCCUUAACUAAGUAACGUGUAACUGGUAUCAAUGAUGAAAAUAUUAACUCAUAUAAACAACUACUUACUUUGUCGCUAACAAGUAAAAAUAACAGUGUUUACUUAUUUGUGCCGACUAAAAGUGCAGUCAGCUGAUUUCAGCCUGAUGAGGCUGUCGCUCUAGACCCCCUCUGUACACUACAUGAUAACACCUGCACAUGGCAAUGUCCAGUCUUGGGUAUCAAUGUUGUUUGUAAUUGUUUAAAUAUGGGAACAUCUGCCAGUCUAAAGGUCAUUUACUGUCAAUAAUCUUAUUAUCUAUGAGUCAGGUGAUCAAAAAGAAAGAUAUCUUUUUGUUGUCUGAUGGGUUAAUGUUCACAUACCUGACUGUUACUGAUCAUUACACAAACAUUUGAUAUUUAUUUAUAAUUAGAUUGGUAAAUGUUAAGACAACUGACUGUUUUUGUGAACUGUACAGGUGGGCGUUUCAUAGUCUGACUGAAUUUGAUCAUCUGAUGGGUUAAGAUAUGUGACAUUUAUUGAUCAUCUGACUGGUAAAUGUAGCCAUGGAUCAAGAUGUAUGACGGACAGACGGGACUCUUCAGGUCAGUCAUGAUGGCAACGAUUGACAGUGUGACUUUAAAAUGAGGAGGAACAAACUGGGCUUGUUGCUCUGAGGCUUUAUAAAAGCAGAAUGUGUUUUCUGUUUGACUGAGAUGAGUUCACAUCGUGAAUGUUUUAUUGUAAGAUGCACCUUUUAAUUGUUAUAUCUGUAUUUUCAUGGCAAAGUAUCGCAUAAUUUCACGUAAAUGUUAAAAUACUAGAGGAAAAAGCCGGAAGUAUUCAAUGUUUUCUAGCUUUGGACAAAUCCCUUUAAAAUCCUGUGUUGGGAAAAAUAUUCAUCUGCUUUUAUUAAGUUAAUUUUGCCAAAGUGUAAACAUACUACAUUACAGGUAAAAUCCUGCAUUCUGAGUGUUAUUCACAAUAAAACAUACUGACUUUUCCAGGAAAUGUCCCUCGAGUGUCAAAAGUGAAGUUCACACAUUUUAUCCAAUUCUUCGUUGAAAGGGCAAAAAUUUGUGAUUUGCAUCAAAACUCGUUCAAAAUCAUGUACAAAAGCAAAGACAAACACUCAUAACAAAAUAUCAGAUUACAAUAAGGAAAAGAAAUGACAAUGAAAGAGUUGAAAUUCAGAAAAUGAUGAUUGUUUUGUGUUUGAAUCUGAGAGUUUACUUUUCUGCAGGAUUUGGAGGUGUGGAGGUUCCCUCUGGAUCAAGAUGGCUGUACGACACCAAAGCUUGUACGACUUAACUCUGGAGUGAAGUGGGAUUGUAGUGGGACUUCAGUACCUGAUCAUUGGUCAACAGAGUUUCAGAGACUUACAAAGAACACAGACGCAAGGCAGAAUCAGGCCCCAAGGCAAACGCAGGAUAUAGAGGUCCAGUGAAUGUGGUGUUGAAGGUGUGAAGGUGUGUCAGUGUCUCAGAGGAGACGUCGUAGAAGGACAGAGUGCCGGCAAGAUAGUCCAAGUAGACUGCUACUCUUUGUGAGCCAGUAGAGAAUGAGACAGGCUGUUCAGUAUUUUUAUGCCAAAUCUCAUAGCCCCAAAACCGACUGUAUCUUAGACUCCAGGACUGAGCGGUCUCUCCAAACCUACAGUCAUCAAUAUCACCUCUGCUUUGUCCUCUGUAGGUCACUGCUAUAUCAACAUAUCCUUCCCACUGCACCUCCCAGUAACAGCACUCAGUCAGAGCAUUUUUACACAGCACCUUAAGAGAGAGGAAUCUGUCCUGAUGAUCAGGAUAAGGCUGUUCCUCCUCCACAUACUUCAGUAUCCCAUCAAUCUCUUUGAGGUUUCUGUUCAGUGUGUUUGUGUCGAAUUCCAGUUCAGAGAAGUCUAAUAAAGAAAAUAUGAGAAUGAGAGAGAACCCCAACAAAUGAAUUAAUUAAACUUAACUUUAAAAAUAUUUUUAUAUUUGACUUCAACACAUAAAGAUGCCGAGCUUUCCCAUCUAUACUGAGCUGUGGGCAGUGUCAACAAUAUAAUUUACCAAUAGAAGUUUGAGGAUUAAAACAGAGACACUACACUUACACUUCCUUGGACCAGGGAUCAGUCUCUGCAGUCCACCGUGGUCCAACCUGGAGCAAAGAGCUUUAUUAAAAGUGCUUCAUACACUUGUGUUUGUCGUUACAGUACUUUUGUGUUAGUCAGAAAAAAGUAUGGGAAAAAACGUGUUUUUCUUCAAGUUCAUACCUUAGGGUGUCUAGCUUCCAGAGGGGAUCCUCCAGCCCAGCAGACAGCAGCUUCACUGCUGAGUCUUGUGGAUGGUUGUAGCUCAGGUCCAACUUUCUUAGAUGGGAGGGGUUGGAGUUUAGAGCUGAAGCCACAGAAAUACAGCCUUCAUCUGAGAUCAGACAGCCUGACAGACUACAAACAGUGAGAAAGAGAGACAUUUGUACCAUUACUGCAAAAAGUGUUUAUCCACCAGACCUGUGAAGCUGUGCUCACAGUGGCUGUUUGGCUUUAAUUUUUCUGUGAUUCCUGAUUAUUGGCUUGUUCAAAUCUGUAUUAUUAAGAACACCGUUCAGUUUCAAAGCAAGUUCACAGGAUGGACAGUACAACCUGAAACUUAAACUUGUGCAUAUGCUGUCACUACAUCCCAUCAGGGGGAUUCUGUGUAAGCAGCAAGAAGGCACCACUUACCAAGGAACUUUUCUGCAGAAGGUGUUAAAAGUUGAAAACAGCAGCCAAUGUGGUGAGGUGCCAAGCUUUCAGCAACAAUGUGAAGGUGUGUUUAUUCAAUCUUAAGCCGAAAACAUACAGGAUCUGUGUUGAGCACGUUCCGUCAGUCUUGCGUCUCUGCUCUGUCGAACAGCGCUGUCUAGCGCACACAGAAUCAGCGUAUUCGGAGCGUAGCAGCAGCGUAGUUCAGCCCCGGUUAGCUGGGCUCAGUAUAGAGGAAACAACAUGCUCACAACAGGUUGUUUAUCCUUUCUGUGGUCGGUUUCCUGAUCAUUGGGAUAUAAUUCAGUGACUGUUGAGCCUCUACUGUCUAUGAAAAAUGCUUUAUUUUGAAAUACUGGGUGACAUGCGCGGUUAUCAUGCUUGAUAUCCUGUCCGGAAUGAUCUUCCUUGUGUACAUUGACGCAUGUUGGAAGCGUAGAGCAGAGAAAAUAGACUCAGCGGGUAUCUUUAGCAGAGCUGCUCUCGAUACGAUGCAGUGACGGAGCUGACAUGCAUCCCGUGUGUUACGCUGCAUUGAUCAGAAUGGGAACCUAUUUCUAUGUUAUACGUGACGCUGAUGGAACACGCUUAAUACGGACCCUGUUUGUUUUAGGCUUUCGGCAUCACAAAGCUUGUGCUGAAAAAGACAUCCCUCUUUUAAUACUUGGAUAUGAGGAUGUGGGUCUAUGCCAAUAAGGUCCUGGUUAACCAGACUACGGUGUUUGGAGUCUCAUGUGGUCUGUGGAGAUCAUUUAUGUAUCCUACUGCACAGAGACUGUGCCAAAGUCCUGUCCUCUUUUGUUUUAUGUCAUUAAAGGCCUCCCAAAACCAAGUGAUCGCUGACCUGAGAGUUUCCAGGAUACAGUCAGGACGCUCCAGUACAGCAGACAGCAGCUUCACUCCGUAGUCAUGCAGGUCAUUGUUACUCAGGUUCAGCUCUCUUAGACUAGAGGACUGGCAGCUGAGAACUGAGGAGAGAGCUUCACAGCUUCUUGCUGAUAGUUUACAGUCACUCAACCUAGAAAGAAAAAGGUCAGUUAAUUCAACAUUUAUAUGUGUAAAAAAAAAAAAAAAACCUGAAAAACAUUUUAGCAAAUCCCUUCGAUUAUCAACACAUAAACCAAAAAGUACAUUCACACAUAUGUACAUUUGUACAUUCAUCAUAUUUAAUAGUCUAUCACUUACCUGAGAAUUUUCAGUUUGCACUGUGGAGUCCGCAGUGCAGCAGACAGGUGCCUCAAUCCUAUGUCCCCCAGAUUAUUGCCACUCAAGUCCAGCCCUUCAAGAUUGGAGGAGUCAGAGCCGAUAACUGAGGACAGGACUGAACAGCUCUCUGGUGACAGUUUACAGUGACUCAGCCUUAACAGGUUCAAGAAACACAGAAGAGUUAGUAAAAUAAAAUAAAAUAAAACAUGUACAGGCCAAAAAGGUUUUUUAUGUUGUUGCUGUUACUUUAUUCUGCAGUUAAAUAUUUCUUGUGUUUCAUUACUUUUUACUUGAAACAUUUCAACCAUAAACUUUCCGCGGUCUUCCUCAGAAGAGUCAGAUGAGCCAUGAAUGAUGUUUGAUUGCUGAUUUAAAAAGGUUUAGUCACCCAGGCUGAAGCGGCAGGGCAUUAAUUCCCAUGGGGUCUGUAAGGACAGCAGGUAUGUAGCAGCAUGAAGGCUCGCUUUAUCUUGGCUUGCUUUGUAAUCGCUAUUGCCUCACUUAUACAAGUUGGCAGCUGUUGCUCUCUGAGUGAACGACCUCGGUAUCUUCCCAGUGCAUGACAUGGUUUCCUGUCUUGUGGUGAUCUGAGAUGUUCAAUUUUUUUGUCCUCUUUUUGUCUUUUUUGCACAUGUGCAUGCAGAGAGGAGGGGGCCCACAUGUUGUCACAUACCUGGGCUGCUGUCCUAAGAAUUUUGGGAUACUGAGAACAUCCUGCUACUUAAGGUAGAACGACUUAACCCUUAUGAAUCAAAUGAAAAAGUUUAACCCAACACGACAUGGCUCUUCUGAGGAAGGUGUCUGCAGGUGAAAUCGGUUUAGGGUGAAAUGAAAGACCGUCUGAAGUCUGAGUUACAGGAAAUACUUAACUAAAUAAUGCAUUUGCUCUGAAUGAUUAUGUGUGCACGUACAAAGCAUGGCUGGAGGCUUUCACCACUGGCAGCAGCCAGAGGAGGGCUGUCUCUGAAGCACCGUAUUUUUGCAGGUCAAACACGUCCAGUUUCCUUUCUGGAGACAGCAAGACGAAGACCAGAGCUGACCACUGAGCAGACGAAAGUUUACCUGUCAAAAGGUGACCAGAGCUCAGAUAUCGUUGGAUCUCCUCCACUAGAGAAGCGUCAUUGAGUUCAUUCAGACAGUGGAACAGGUUGAUGCUUUUCUCUGCAGACAGACAUUCAAGGAUCUUCUUCUUAAUGUAAUGGACUGUCUUCUUUUGGGUCUGAGGCCUACUUCCUGCCUGUAUAAGCUGAGGCCUUAGGUGUUUCUGAUUGGUCUCCAAGGAAAGACCAAGGAGAAAGCGAAGGAACAAAUCCAGGUGUCCAUUUGGACUUCCUAAGGCCUUGUCCACAGCACUCUGAUAAAACCGUGUUAAUUUGCUGUCAUAAAGUUCAGGAAACCACCGUGUUGGUUUUUCAUCUGACAGCAGGUUGACGUUAGAGUUGGCGAAGGUCAGAUGGACAUGGAGAGCAGCCAGGAACUCCUGAACGCUCAGAUGGACAAAGCAGAACACCUUCUCCUGGUAGAGUCCUCUCUCCUCUUUAAAGACCUGUGUGAAGACUCCUGAGUACACUGAGGCUGCACUGAUAUCGAUGCCACACUCUUUCAGGUCUGAGUCAUAGAAGAUCAGGUUCCCUUUCUGCAGCUGCUCAAAAGCCAGUUUUCCCAAAGACUCAAUCAUCUUCUUGUUGUGUUGGCUCCAGCCUGGAUCAGUCUCAGCUCCUCCAUCAUACUUAAUGUUCUUCACUUUGGACUGAACCAUCAGGAAAUGGAUGUACAUCUCAGUCAGGGUCUUGGGGAGCUCCCCAGCCUUCUUGGUUUUCAACAUACCCUGAAGAACUGUAGCCGUGAUCCAGCAGAAGACCGGGAUGUGGCACAUGAUGUAGAGGCUUCGGGAUGUCUUGAUGUGGGAGAUGAUUGUGCUGGCCUGCUCUUCAUCUCCAAAUCUCUUCCUGAAGUACUCCUCCUUCUGAGGAUCAGUGAACCCUCUGAUCUCAGUGACCCUGUCAACACACUCAGGAGGGAUCUGAUCGGCUGCAGCCGGUCGUGUGGUAAUCCAGAUUCGAGCAGAAGGAAGCAGUUUCCCCCUGAUGAGGUUCGUCAGCAGCACAUCCACUGAGGUGGGCUUUGUAACAUCUGUCACAAUCUCAUUGUUGCUGAAAUCAAGAGGAAGUCUGCACUCAUCCAAGCCGUCAAAGAUGAACACAACCUGGAACUCUUCAAACCUGCAGAUUCCUGCUUCUUUGGUUUCAAAAAAGAAAUCAUGAAUUAGUUCCACCAAACUUAACUUUUUUCCUGACAGCGCAUUCAGCUCUCGGAAAGUGAACGGAAACAUGAAGUGGACGUCUUGGUUGGCUUUGCCUUCAGCCCAGUCCAGAGUGAACUUCUGUGUUAAGACUGUCUUCCCAAUCCCAGCCACUCCUUUGGUCAUUGUUGUUCUGAUUGGUUCCUCUCGUCUUGAUAAGGGUUUGAAGAUGUCCUCAGGUUUGAUUACAUUCUCAGGUCUCUCUGUUUUCCUGGAUGCUGUCUCUAUCUGUCUGAUCUCAUGCUCCACAUUGACCUCUCCGGUCCCUCCCUCUGUGAUGUGUAGUUCUGUGUAGAUCUGAUUAAGAAGGGUUGGGUUUCCUGCUUUAGAGAUUCCCUCAAACACACACCUAAACCUGUCCCUCAGGUUUGACUUGACUUUCUGUCUGCAGUCUGCAGAUCCUGCUGCAUCAGUACCUGAAUAAACAGAAAUAAAAUCAAAAAGAGGAUCCUCUGAAAAUAAAUGUCAGAUUAUUUCUCAUGGUUAACUAACACUCAGGAGCAGUGUUGGGACCAAUUCAGUAGAGUGUCACAGUAACUACGUUACUUUUGCAGUAACAAGUACUGUAACUAAUUACUUUCUCAAAUUAAGUAAUGCAUUUAUCAUUACUGUGAUUUAAACAGGCUCAUUACUCGUUACUUCACAUGCAUAACUCAGGAAUACAAUUUCCGUGGUGGACCUGAAGCACACGUGACGCAGCGAUGUGCAAGUGAUUGAUUGAAAACCACAAUGGCGGCAGUCGAUGACAGUCCAGGCGUGGGAUUUCUCUCGUGGAAAUAUGCGCAUUGUAUUUUCUUUCUGACGGUAAAAGGAGGAAUAUUGUUGUGACCUGUAAUCUAUGUGGCGGUUCUCUAUCCUCAUCCAGGAAGAGCGAUACCAAUCUGAUGAAACAUCUUCAGAAACAACACACAGCUACCGAGCUAGUUGAAAAAGACCCUGUAAGUAACACGGGUGAUGUUGCUAACGUUAGCUCGGCUGACGCUAAAGGAGGAGCCACUGCAGCAAAACAACGAAAGCUUGAUUUAGCACGCCAGAGGACUGUCAGCCUCCCUGGGUAUCCAGUAAGGUCGACAACACAAUAAGAAAAUUCAGAGUAAAAUCAAAAGUUACUUUUCCUAGUAACUAGUUACUUUGAAAUUGAGGAGUCAAGGUCCUUUUACACCGGGAGCAUUUUUUUCAUGCAGUUAUUUUGGACAUCAAUAUUUUUUUUCGAACUCAUAUCCUGUCAAUACAAGCGUUCACAUCAGCAACGUUUUCCCGUCCUGCGAUAUUGCGACAUUUAUUUUUCGGAUCAGGGUCAUUUUUUUUUAGUUUCGCAUACUGUGUGUCCACUUCUGACCAAUCAGAUUGCGUGUUGUUACGACGUCUGUUUCACCGGUAUAUCCAACAUGGCCGACCGGCUGAUUGUUUAUGUGUCAGAGAACAGAGUGAUUUUUGAUAAAAGACACAAAUAUUACAAAGAUAACGACCUGAAGGACGACUUGUGGAGAGUCAAAGUGUCAGAUUUCUCAAAUGACGAUGGUUUGUGUGUUUUAACAGUUUGAUAAACGUCUUUGUUUUAACUUUCAUCUGUGCUAAGUAACUUUAGCUCGUAAGCUAACCUGUUCAGAUACAACAGACCAUAUGUAUUUUCACUGUAAACUCAGUCACAGCGUUGCUGUCACAGCACCAUUAGGUCUCUGUUGUUCCCUUACGUUUAUAGAUUAUAGUUUAAUGUGCUUAUCUGGUUCUGACCCUGACUCAGUACAUGCUAUCAUGACAGACAGACAUCUCAACACUAGAGUCUGAUCAGAACUGAAAAACACUCAGUCUGCUGUUGGAUCAGUCUUCUCACUUACACCCGGGACGCGUCUUUUUCCCCCUCGGAGAGUCACAAAAUCGCAGCACGCUUGAUGUGUAUCGUCAGGCGCAUCAAAACUCGCCUCUGAAUAUUUCGUAUUUUCGCGUCGUAUAUUUGCCUCAUUCCCGGUGUGUAAAGACCUUUACUUGAAGUAACUGAGUAACUUUUGAAAGAAGUAACUAGUAACUGUAACUUAGUAACUCAUAUAAAGUAACUUGACCAACACUGCUCAGAAGAUCACGAGUUUAUCUGCAGUUAGAAACACUCACGGCUCUGCAGACAGUCAGCCAGAUCUUCCCGCUUCAGUCUCCUCAGGAAGUGCAGAACAAUCUUCUCAAAUGCCUCUCUGCUGACCCUCAUCUGCUCUUCCUCCAGCUCCUCCUCUUCCUCGCUCUUUCUCUGUUGGUGAUCUGAUGACAGGACCAUCUGGACUCUUUUCAGCUCCUUCUUCACAAAAGUGAUGAUGUUGUCCUCCAGCAGCUGAAACAGAUCGAUAACACCAACACUGUUACUAAGUGUGUCCAUGCACACUUCUUCUCCGAUCUUUUCUCUAAAAUGUGCCGCUCUCGUUCAUAAAACUCCGGCAGUGUCGUAGUCUGAGGCACAAACUGUGAUGCACCUUGGCUAAAUGGUUCAUGACAUUUGAGUUCAUGUUUUUAGUGUUCCUUCCACUCUGAUGAUAGCUAUGCUGAUAUAGAUACUGUCAUUUUGAUCAUGUGUACACACCAUAAAUACAGAGUCCAGGUCUGCAGGCUGCUGCAGGGUGCACUGAUCUCUGGGGACCUCUGGGUUGUCCUGCUGAACUCUGUGGAGGAAAAUUCAUGUUUAAGUGUCAAAGAAAGGCCAAAUGUCAGGAGCUGCUGGAACAGGAUUUGGAGCAGGAAAGGAUUUUUUUGACUCACGAGCUAAGGUGGUGAGUAUUUAUAUGUGUAUUUAUACAACUAUUUAAUUAAUUUUAUUCUUACUCUCUAUUUCCAAAGUUCAGAGCAUCAGGCUUAGACUUGUCACUUUUCAUGGACACAAGACUUGGUUCUGGAGCGUCUGCCGAUCUCAGCUGCUGCAUCCUGUUUAAAAAAUAAAUUGAUUAAAGAACAAGUUUAAGCUUGACAAAGGGUUUUAUUAAACCAGAUGUGCAAAGUUUAGUGCAACAUGUAACAAAACACGGACCUAAUUUUGCUACAGACUGACUGAGGAGAAGGGAUAGGUUUAAAAAAAACAUAAUGCUUCAUUAAUUUUUACUUUUUUGCUUUGAUUAUUAUUAUUGUUGUUUUGUAAACUGGUUAUGUUUGUUUUCAGACUUUUGGUGUUGCACGCACAUGUUCGAAAAAAAAAAAUGAAAUGAAAAGAUUGUCUGACAUGAAUUCACAAUAACUCUCCAAAUGUAAUGUUUGCUAGACUCAGAUUUCUUGGUGUGAUCAGGUCUUCAGCCUUCUUUGUCAAAAACAUAACACCUGUUAGCAGUCAGAGCACAGUUUAAAGACUGAAAUGAACUCUGUUUGGCUUUUCCCUAAUGUUGCCUCACAGUCUGCUGCUUCAGAGGUGCCUGGAUGGCUGUUUAUGUUAAAACUCCACUCUGAGAGUCUGUAGACUUACUUCUUAAAAUCCGGGGGUGGAGUCAUGGACCGGGUUGUCUUCAAGGACACACAUUCAGUAUCAGGUCGAGGUUCAAGAGGAUCCGGUUUGUGCUGCUUCUCCAACCUACAACAACAAACACACAGAGGAGUGAAUGUGAAGGAAAAGAGUUUUCUUUGAAAUAGAGAAGAGAGAUCUUUAUUCUACCUCUGAGCCGAUUCCAAGUCCAGAGUGACCUUUGAGGGAGGGUCUGCCUCCUUCCUGUCCUCACACUGAUCCAUCACAGAGCUCGAACCUGUAGAGAGACCAGGUUAUGACAUGGUCUCCACGGAGUCCUCAGCCCAGUUUCUUGUAUUUGACAAUAAGUGAAAAAUGUCUCCAACUUUACAGAACAAAUCCUCAAUAAUCUGAUUUAUAAUUAAACUUAAUCAAAUACAUGAGAUUAAGAAAGCACUAGGAGGAUCAACACGGAAAUAAACUAUUUAUGACUCACUUCCUUCAUGAAUGUGUUUGCUGUUUAUAACAAGAAAGUCCAAACUGAAGGAAAAGGACCCAGAACUCUUCCUGCCAACGUCAUUUAAAACCAUUUAAAGAUCAGCAACAUACAUACAGUAGAAUAAGACUUAGAAAGAAUCUAACGUGAAGAAAAUCUGAAGGGUUGAACAGAUACUGUGUCUUACCUGCUGAUUUUACUCCAGGUAAAACUUCAGGGAAAUGUUCACAAAUCCUCGCUGCGCUUCUCGGAGUGAGUGUUUGAGAUCACGACUUCAAAACCAGAACAACCUGAGGCCCAAACCAGGGCGUGUCUAGAUUCAGCAGGGCGCUGACGCAUGUAGGAUCAGCUGAUAGAGGUGUGAUUGUUUAACAUUCCUUUACCUUUUACUGCCUGUCUAACAGGAUCAAAAAUAUUUUCAAACCUCGCUGGUAGCAUGCUACCAUUCCUGCAGGUCUCUUCUUGUGUAGUCCCGGCCCAAAGUAUUUUUAAACCAUCCUUUUAUUUUUUAAUGCCUUUACCUAUAUUUUUGUCCCCCCACAGUGUUUUCAUGUCUUAACUUUCCUGUUCAUUUGUUGAUUUUAAUUAAAGGUGGUGUAAAACCUUAAAGCUCUGUGUGUCAAGUGGAAAUCAGGAAAUCUCACCAUCCAAGGUGUCAUUUUCACACUUAAAGUAAACAGACUUUUGAAGUAAAAAUCAUCCAAAAUAAUUCAGAAUUGUUGCAAGACGCCUUUAUUAUUGAUAUUUGAUCGUCUUUGUUAACUUGCAAUUAAUCUGACAGUUUUUCUUUGUCAUUAAUUUAACCUAAAUAGAUAUUUCUCAAGUUUUUAAAGGGGCCAUGGCAUGAAAAGCUGACUUUGUUAACGGGAGGGGGGUGUAUGUCAGGGAUAGAAAACCGCUACAUUCCUCCCAAGUUCGUAAAAAUUCCAUCCAGUCGUUUUUUAGUUAUCUCCGUAUUUAGGAACUGUGUGCUCAGAGCGUUCCGAAAACGCCACUGAUAUGACGUCAUGUCAGUGCUGGGAGGUUGAUGGUACUGCCCAUGGAGCCGCCCACUGCCCUGCCCAGAAAAUUAUCAAAACGCCGCCAUUAUUCCCGGCCGCUCGCUCACGUAGCUCCGGUUAGAACCAUGGCGGAAGUACGAUCUGAAGAAGAGGCAGCGUUUGCUCUGUUGAUUGCUGCACACACGAGCACAAAACUCUUUUGAAACUCCCUCAUCGGAGGAUUUGAGGACUCAAUGGGUGGAUUUUAUUUAUAAUGGGAAUGUACCCGCGGAACUUCCCAAUAUCUGCAUGUAUGUGUGCACCAUUUCACUUCGGACUGUUUUAUCAACGAGGGGCAGUUCAACGCUGGAUUUGCUACAUGUCUGAAGAUAAAGAAUGGAUCCGUACCAACUGUCCGUGAUCCUACUACAAACGUGGCAUCUGUAAGUAUGAACGUUAUAUUUUGACUUACUGUUUAGCCUAAAUUCCCCCGGUACCUCAGCACGGCCACGGAUUCGCGCCGGUUUACCGGAUCCUCCCGUAUUUUAGCCGCUCGCUUCUUCCCCUACAACUCCGGCGGCGGGGGACAAAAUCCUCCUCCGGAGCAGCUUGUAGCUUUAGCAUUUAGCCGUGCGGCGACCCGCCUCUUUUGGCUCAAAUACGGGACGUCCCGGCUAAUGCUGGUCGGACGGCCAUCCUAUUAAUUAGCAAAGGCUUCAGAGAAGUUUUAGAGCACCAAGAUCUUACAUUGUAGCAGAGCUCUGGUUGUAAUUUUUUCUUCAUUCAUAUCUUCCUCCUUAAGUGUGACCCUCCUGGCGGCUUUAAAUAAUACAUAGGAUGUAUCGACUAGGUCGCGUUUGGUCUGAACGCGGCUAAGAGUUUCUUCCGGAGCCUCUCCCUCUGGGUCAGACUCUGGGUUGUUCGAGCGAUCUUCUUGCAGCCAUGACCGAGCCGGUGUAAACAUCAGCACAGGGCUAUCUGAGCACAGCCACACAGCUCCUUCCAGAGAGAUGGGUGUAAAGUGGACGUGGCUUAGGUGCAGCUCAUUUCAUUAAAGAGACGUGGAGCCAAAACGAAGGAUUUUGAGCAGAGCUGUUUUUAGCUGAUAAAAAGAGCUCUACAAUAAUUGAUCCAAAUCAAAUUUUGACCGAAGAACGUCACAGACAUGCUUUUAACACACCAGGGGACUAUUUUAAGUUGUGUGAAAUUGGCAUGCUAUGGGACCCGUAAGGUUCUUCUUCAAAUUAAUAUCAUAAAUUUGCAACAAUCCAAAAAAAUAAAAAAAGAAAUAACCACCAGAAUAACUCUGAAGACAAGUGCAGGUGGCUUAAUAGGAGAACUGUACGGAAGAGGAAAAGGGCCAAAAAAAAAAGGUCUUUUUUUUUUGGCCCUAACUCUUUUACUCAAAAUUUGGAGAGAAAAGUAAAGUCAGGUCUUGACAGUGUGACCGUUUCACUCGCAUUUGUGACUAAAAAUGUGUGCGGAUUGUAAAAUGUAUUUAUGGUCACAUGUGCACAUAAAAAAAAUCAGCUGAGGUUACAAAUGUUUUUUUACAUGUAAAUACUGUUGGGAAGUUAGUGAGGAUCACAUUCACUGAGGAUCUACCGGUGUCUUCUCACUCUCCAUAACCAGGAAUAAGAACAGUAGUUAAAUCUACUCGACACCCUCACUGUCAACGUCGGUGUUGAAUAAGGGACCGUCAAUAAAUUGCCGGUUGAUAUUCUCAGAAAAGGCUGUUAUAAUAAUGGUACUAAGGUCAAACAAUAAAACACACAUCUUUGUUUACCUAAUUUAUCCUCUAAAAAUUUUCUGUGUUAAAUUUAAAGGCAAAUUUAUUUAACCAAUCAGCUGAUGAGAUGAGGUCAGGUGACCUGAUGCCAGCGCAGCACUGUGAUGCCUGGAUGAGCUCUUCCAUGGAUAAACUGCUUUUUACUGCUGUUUGAAACUGCUUGGAAUCCCGUGAACUCUUGUGUGGAGCAAUAUCAGCAGUGAGUAAAGAGUGUAAACUGCAGUUAGCACCCCCUACAGACAGCAGAGAUAACUACAGCCUUAACGAGAACUAACAGUGUCCUGAAAUACUCCUUUUCAAUCUCACAUGUAAAAUCACGGUUGUUUGUCCCGAGGAUGACUCUGCGGAAAGCUAACAGAGUCAUUUAAAUAAAAAUUGCAUGUCAAGAGCAGGAAGAAGACGUGAACGUUGCUGCUCUCUGUGACUGACAUACUGUAUGUUUGCAUAUUUGACAGUUACUCAGCUUCUUAUUGGUAGAUGUUUGGUUUGACGUGCUGACCUUUGUACUGGUAGAUGUUCAGUUAUUAGAUGACAAACAAGCUGAGAUCACCUGGAGGAGGUUCGUUUGCACUGAGAAUGCAUGGCCACGAUCAAUAACAACUAUUUGACUGUUUUCUGCUGGAACUGCACCACGCUCUGAAGUGACACCUGCCUAUCUGUGCUUGUUUAUAUCCCAAUAGUACAGCAUUAUAGCAGUCACCAUUAACCAGAGCUACAUCUCGGGUUAGCUCGCCACAGUUUAGAGACGACACAGAACCAGCAUCUCACAGCUUCGAUGAUGAAAACUGGUGUUGCUGCAGUUACUUAAAGAGUACUUUGAUCAAUGAUUAUGGAUCACUCCUUUAAAAAGUAACUUAGUUACUUUACUGAUUACUUGAUUUUACAAGUAACUAAUUUAGAUAACUAUUUACUUUUUAAGUGACAUCCAGCAGCCUCAACAUAUAAAUGACAACCAUUUUUUUCUUUCCAACACUCAGUUUAUUGGAAGUGUAAUUUUAACAGGAAUGUAAAAAAAAAUACAUGUUUAAAAACAAUGAAAACAAAUCAAUCUUUUUUUUUUUUUAAGGAAAAUGAGAAAAAAGUAAUACAAACAAUGAUUUGGACAUGUAACUUAAAUCUAAUUACUGGUUUGGAAGUAGCAACGCGAUGGAUUACUUGUUACUGAAAAAAGUGGACUUAUUAGAGUAGUGCUUAACUAAGCAACGUGUAACUGGUAUCACUGAUGAAAAUAUUAACUAAUUUAAACAACUACUUACUUUGUCGCUAACAGACAACAAGCAAAAAUAACAGUGUUUACUUAUUUGUGCCGACUAAAAGUGCAGUCAGCUGAUUUCAGCCUGAUGAGGCUGUCGCUCUAGACCCCCUCUGUACACUGCAUGAUAACACCUGCACAUGGCAUAUGUCCAGUCUUGGGUAUCAAUGUUGUUUGUAAUUGUUUAAAUAUGGGAACAUCUGCCAGUCUAGAGGGUCACUUACUGUCAAGAAUCUUAUUAUCUAUGAGUCAGGUGAUCAAAAAGAAAGAUAUCUUUUUUUUGUCUGAUAGGUUAAUGUUCACAUACCUGACUGUUACUGAUCAUUACACAAACAUAUGAUAUUUAUUUAUAAUUAGAUUGGUAAAUGUUAAGACAACUGACUGUUUUUGUGAACUGUACAGGUGGGCGUUUCAUAGUCUGACUGAAUUUGAUCAUCUGAUUGGUUAAGAUAUGUGACAUUUAUUGAUCAUCUGACUGGUAAAUGUAGCCAUGGAUCAAGAUGUUUGACGGACAGACGGGACUCUUCAGGUCAGUCAUGAUGGCAACGACUGACUGUGUGACUUUAAAAUGAGGAGGAACAAACUGGGCUUGUUGCUCUGAGGCUUUAUAAAAGCAGAAUGUGUUUUCUGUUUGACUGAGAUGAGUUCACAUCGUGAAUGUUUUAUUGUAAGAUGCAUCUUUUAAUUGUUUUAUCUGUAUUUUCAUGGCAAAGUAUUGCAUAAUUUCACGUAAGGGUUAAAAUACUAGAGGAAAAAGCCGGAAGUAUUCAAUGUUUUCUAGCUUUGGACAAAUCCCUUUAAAAUCCUGUGUUGGGAAAAAUAUUCAUCUGCUUUUAUUAAGUUAAUUUUGCCAAAGUGUAAACAUACUACAUUACAGGUAAAAUCCUGCAUUCUGAGUGUUAUUCACAAUAAAACAUACUGACUUUUCCAGGAAAUGUCCCUCGAGUGUCAAAAGUGAAGUAAACAUAUUUUAUACAAUUCUUCCUUGAAAGGGCAAAAAUUUGUGAUUCAGAUCAGAACUCGUUCAAAGUCAUGUACAAAAGCAAAGACAAACACUUAUAACAAAAUGUCGGAUUACAAUAAGGAAAAGAAGUGACCAUGAAAGAGUUGAAAUUCAGAAAAUGAUGAUAGUUUUGUGUUUGAAUCUGAGCUGGACUUGGGAGUUUACUUUUCUGCAGGAUUUGGAGGUCUGGAGGUUCCCUCUGGAUCGAGAUGGCUGUACGACACCAAAGCUUGUAUGACUUAAGUCUGGAGUGAAGUGGGACUGUAGUGGGACUUCAGUACCUGAUCAUCAGUCAACAGAGUUUCAGAGACUUACAAAGAACACAGACGCAAGGCAGAAUCAGGCCUCAAGGUGAACGCAGGAUAUAGAGGUCCAGUGAAUGUGGUGUUAAAGGUGUGAAGGUGUGUCAGUGUCUCAGAGGAG